AUGCCUCGGAGAAACCGCUGGAGGGCUCUCCAACGCUGGCACAAGCUGUAUGGUCCAAUCAUAAGUUUACGGCUGGGCCAACGCAUCGCAAUCUCCCUUGGUACCCACAAGGUUGCACGAGAGCUCCUCGAGUUGAGAGGUAACAAUUACAGCUCCAGACCACGGUUUGUGGUAGCGGGGGAUUAUGUUUCAAAAGGGCUUCAUUCAAUCUUACUUCCAUAUGGCAAUCAAUGGCGGAUACACCACCGGAUUCAAAGGGAGCUUUUGACCAAUCGUCGAACACAAGCGUAUCGCUACCUUCAAGACAUCGAAAGCAAGCAAAUUGUGUACGACAUGCUUAAAUCAAGCGACUUCGUGGGGCAUUUUCGUCGUUACACAUCAAGUGUCAUGUUUGCACUGGCCUACGGGAAACGGCUGGAAUCACCAGGUCGGCACGAGAUAGCUGAAGCUAGCAAGAUCACUGAAAAUAUCUCCUUGGCUGCUGACCAAGCCAAGAAUAUGAUCGUGGAGGUAUAUCCCGUAUUGGAUUACAUUCCUCGAUGCUUCGCUCCAUGGAAAAGGAUUGGGGCUCGCUUGCAUGCCCAGACGGUGCAAUUUUUUGAACAGCAAAUGCUGGAAGGCCUAAGAAGCCCAGCGUGGAAUUGGUCUAAGCAUAUCGUCGCGCUGAAAGAAAAAAAGGACCUUAGCAACAAAGAAAUUGUUUACAUUCUGAGUGCUCUCUAUGAGGCUGGAAGCGAGACCACUGCGACCGUGCUUCAAAUCUUUGUCCUAGCUUCUGUUCUCCAUCCGGAAUGCAUUGGCCGUGCACAACUGGAGCUUGAUGAAUUAGUUGGGAAUGACCGAAUGCCUACUUUCGAAGACAUGCCGCGACUUCCCUAUGUGAAUGCUUUCAUCAAGGAGGUCCUUAGGUGGCGCCCAAUCGCGCCCUUGGGAAUUCCACAUGCGCCGAGCAAGACUGAUGAAUUUAUGGAAUAUCGUAUCCCUGAAGGGUCUACUAUAUUUCCAAAUAAUUGGACGCUCGAUUUGGACGAUGCAGUUUUCCGGGACCCAUAUGCGUUCAAACCGGAAAGGUGGCUUGAAGACCCUAAUCUUCCUUUGAGCACCUUUGGAUUUGGUCGGAGAGCUUGCCCGGGUAAACAGAUGGCUGAGAACUCAUUAUACAUUGCAAUAUCACGGCUGAUCUGGGGGUAUAAUUUUAACCACGCCUAUGAAAAUGGGCUUAGGGUGGAGCUGGAUCCGUGGGAUAUGAAAGAGGGAGUAGUUUCGCCACCGGCUACCUUAAGCGCAGUUUUAUCUGUGCGAAGUUCUGUCCAUCAGCGGAUUAUCGAAGUGGAAUGGGAUUCGACAGAAAAAGAUGUUAAUGGGAUCUUGGGCCAAAUCGAGAGCAUCAUGGAGAGCAUCAUGGAGAGCCGAACAGCUGCCCAGAAGGAUUCGUCUCCGUAG